GGAUCCUUCCUCCGGACAGCAGGGGGCGACACUUUAAGCGCUUGAGGAAAUUCAAGAAUCAAUUUUAACCCUUUUGCUCUGCUCUGCUAAGGGCUAAUUAGCGUCGUUUUGUCGUAAUAUUUUUGAAAUGUGAGCGUUUAAAACAAUAAAUUACGUAGAAUACCCUCUGGCUUUGCAACAUGGCUGCACUAAGCACCUCGACAAGCAAGCUGAAUGUUUUGGUCAACAGGCUGCACGAGUACUUGGCUCAUUCCAACGCCAAAGAUGGCAAUGAAACGCCAACAUCAGAAAACGCGAAUGGUCAGACAAAUAGGAGCCGCCGUGUUGGGAACUCAAUGGGUCAUACUGUCUCUGAGACUGGUGUGGACGCCAGAUACUCAAGGAGGAAACCGUUGGUCGUCAUAAAGCACUCCGGACUGGAUGAAUCUGGAGACUCAAAUGCAAGCGAGGACUUGAGUAUACCAUUCACUUCAAAUGGUCACGUUGAUGUCACCAGAUUACCAAAAGGGACAGCGCUGGUCCGACCUGAACCAGUGGACAGUGGACGAGAUGAUUUCAGAGGUCCUGAGUUUCGCAGUAGAAAAUCCAACGUUCUGCAGAGAGAGUUCUCAAGAAAACGUGGAGGAGGGCAACCUGUGGGAAUUGUGUGUUGCACUGCGUGUGGUCGACAAGUUAAUCACUUCCGGAGAGAUUCCCUUUAUCAACACCCAGUUCUGAAAGUACUUAUUUGCAAGACUUGCUACAAUUAUUACUCAAGUGAUGACAUCAGCAAGGAUGGAGAUGGAAUGGACGAACAGUGCCGGUGGUGUGCUGAAGGGGGUAACCUCAUAUGUUGCGACUAUUGUAGCAACGCUUUCUGCAAGAAAUGCAUUCUGAGAAAUCUGGGAAGGAAGGAGCUGUCUGGCAUCUUGGAGAGCAAGUGGUACUGCUACGUGUGCAGUCCAGAGCCUCUGUUUGACCUGGUGAUGGCUUGCAAUGCCGUCUUAGAAAAUAUAGACAAUCUGUGCUCUCAGCAGCGUAAGAAGAACAGAGUAGAGCCAGACAAAUCUGAACUGUACAUAUCGCCACUCUCGCCACAGAACAUUCCUUUGGAUAAAUGGGACCACAGCGGUAUGGAUGGAAAUGUGGUCUUCAACUACAAUACACUGCAAGUUUCCAAGGGCAUCACCAAAAAGGCCAAACAUCUAGUGGACUCAACAAACACCUUAAAUCAAGCAUUUUUAAAAUUUAUUCAGAAUGUGACAAACAAACAAAAGCCUAGAGUUCGUAUGCUGUUUCUGAACUCUUUUUUGGCUGUUACUAAAGGCUUACGAAAGUCUCUCACAGCACUGGAGGAGAGCCUCAAGGAAGAAUUUAGUGACUUGGAUGUGUUAGGUAGUUGGGACAAGAUACUUAGCAGUGGUCUUGAUACUGUUCCUACAGAUGGGGAGACUGAGCUGGAUAUUUCUGAGGAAAGAUGCUUGCGUGGCUUGCAGAAACUGGCAUCUGAGCAUGUUGACGAUAAUGACUCUGAUGGGGCAGCUCCAAACGCCCACUCUGGGAAGAAAUUGGGUCCAGAUUCACAAGAAGCUAGAUGUAGAGAACAGAGAACGUCUGUAAGUCAAGGAGAUGUGGUGAAAAAACUUGUCGUACAGCUUACACCUGUGUCCAUGGAGGAGUCAUCUUCUGAAUCCCCGAAGUUGGAGGAUUUCCAGAAGAAGGAAAGUAAAGCAAAGGGAAAACUGUUGUUGGAUGAAGAAGCUCUCGCUGUGAGCCCGAAUGCUGAAAGUAAAAUGAGCAGUGACCUGUCCAAUGCUCAUCUCCCAGAGGAGGAACAAGGCAAUAGGCGAUCUCCUCGUGUGAAGACGACUCCUUUGCGCAGACAAAGCGAUGUCAAGACCAAAACGUGUCUGUCAGCAGCAGACAGUGACAGCGACUCUGACCCCGAAGGAACGGCGGGCACUGCACCUGCCGCCAACGAUGAAGAGCAAAAUCUGAGCAGAGAAAGGGACGAUUCUGAUUCAGAUGAAGUCCCCGCUGCGCUGCUUGUACGAGCAAAUAUGACUCAAAGUUCAGAUGAAGAGGAAGAUGGUCAUGCAUCACCGAGCAAAGUGGCCAAAAAAUGUCUGUUUUGGCUCACCAAGAAUAGCCCAAUGUCGCCGGAGAAGAUGCGGCAGAAACGUAAGAUGCGGGAUCGCGCCUCAGAGUCAGAAUCGAGCUGCAGAGUUAUCAGCGUCGAACAGGAAAGCGAGACAGAUUCUUCCAGCGAUGAGCAGGACUCUCAGAAAAAAAUUCAGCACCUAAGUACAGUGAGAUCAAUAGGGAAGCCCCAGCUUGUCAAAAGAGAAGAGAAAAGUGGCGCUAGAAAGCAGAGAAGACUACAAUCCAGCAAUUCCAAAGCACAGCAGGAAGCAAGUGAUUCAUCAUCUCUGCUGAGUGAAGAUGAGCAAGAUGAUGACUCUGAGAGUGAUGGAAGUGUUCAGAAGAUGAAGCCGAUCACAGAAAAUGUUUCUUCUUUAGGAGUAGCAGCAUUCCACCAGUCAUCAGGAGAUGAUGAACAGUCCAGGCCCUCAUGGGCAGCAGAAGAUGAUGAUCCGGAAAAUAGAAUCGCUAAGAAAAUGCUGUUGGCCAGCAUUAAAGCCAACUACUCCUCGGAUGAUAUUUCUUCGGGUGAAGAAACUCCUGUGGAUGAAUCUGAGUCAGAUGACAACAAUGAGGAGAAAAAAGGCACAGAGGAUGCUGGAACCAAUCUAAAUGGAGAAGAUGAGGCAUCGGAGUCCUCUGACAGCACGUCUGAUAAACCAAAGUCCAGACACCACCUCCUCCGCCACAAACUUGCGUUGGAUGAGGGGAGGAGUGAAAGGGCUGAGAGUGAUGCAGAAAAGCAGGAGAGCAAAGGAAGAGCCAAGAGGAAACGACUGAGCUCUGGUGAGAGUGGUGCAAACGGCUGUUCCGACAGUGAGGAUGAGGUGAGCGAGGAGUUGAGCCAGUCUGAAGUGGAAUCUGAUGAAGAUCUCCAGAGAUCAAAGACGAACAAAAAGGAGGAAGCUUACGGUGUCAAACCCAAGAAUGAAGUGCAGUGCAUUUGGCUGUCUGACUCCAGCAGUGAAAAGCAAAGCGAGGAAGAGACCGUAGAGGUGGACAGUAAAAGCAACACACCCAAAGGACGCAAGAAAAUUCGUAGAAUUAUUGACGAUGUGAACCUGUGUUUGGAGAGCCAGGAGGCUCUCAGAGAAGAGGAGGAGAGACGGAAGCGUCUCGCUAGCAGAGAGCAGCAGAUGGAGGAUAGGAGAGAGAUAAUUGUAGUGGAGGAUGAACUGUCCCAAGUGUCAUGUCCCAUCACUACCAAGCUGGUCCUGGAUCAGGAUGAAGAGACCAAGACACCACUUGUUCAGGUGCACAGGAAUCUGGUCACAAGACUGAAGCCUCACCAGGUGGAUGGAGUCCAGUUUAUUUGGGACAGCUGUUGUGAGUCAGUGAAGAAGGCCAACUCUUCUCCUGGAUCAGGGUGUAUUCUGGCACACUGCAUGGGUCUGGGAAAGACACUGCAGGUUGUAGCGUUCCUUCACACGGUGCUGCUCUCAUCACACCUGAAGUUCAGAACAGCCUUGGUUGUGUGUCCACUUAACACCAUCCUCAACUGGGUCAGCGAGUUCCAGAAAUGGCAAGAUGACAUGGAAGAUAAGGUCAAGGUUACAGAAAUGGCCACAAUCAAGUCUCCUUUAGAACGAGUCAGAGCUCUGCUGAAGUGGCAGAGAGAUGGUGGUGUCAUGAUCAUGGGGUACGAGAUGUACCGCAUGAUGUCUCAAGGUAAUAAAACCAACAGUGAAGACAUCAGGAGCGAGCUGAGGAGAACGUUGGUGGAUCCAGGUCCAGACUUUGUGGUUUGUGACGAAGGGCACAUCCUUCGCAACGAGUCCUCCAGAAUCUCUAUAGCUAUGAGUGCAAUCAAGACCCAGAGAAGAGUGGUGCUGACGGGCACACCGCUUCAGAACAACCUUGAUGAGUACCACUGCAUGGUCAGUUUCAUCAAGAAGAAUCUGUUGGGCUCUCUGAACGAGUUCAGAAACCGCUUCAUUAACCCCAUAAAGAACGGACAGUGUGCGGACUCCACCUCGAAAGACGUCAGGAUCAUGAAGAAGCGAGCGCAUGUGCUUCAUCAGAUGUUGGAGGGAUGUGUGCAGAGAAAAGAUUAUUCAGAGUUGGCCCAGUUUCUGCCUCCCAAACACGAGUAUGUGCUGGCAGUGAGGAUCACCCCCCUCCAGUAUAAACUGUACCGCUCCUACCUCGACCAUAUCUCCGGUGAGGGUGCGGUGACCGACAGACCAAAGCAGAGGCACGGCGCCCACUUCUUCAAGGACGUUCAGGUCCUCGGUCGCAUUUGGAAUCAUCCCUGGUCCCUUCAGCUAAGCAAAGGAAACAAGAAGAAGAAUGCAGCUGGAAUGGCAGCUCAGGCUAUAAAUGGAGAGACCAUCGUGCUUGAGAGCGGACAGAGAGUGAACGAGGGGAAAGCGGUGGAGAACAGCAGCAUGGUGGCUAUCGACGCUCCCAAAGACCUCCCGGUGGUGGAAGGAGAGAAAUUAGGCUUCAGCUCGAGGCCUCAGAUUUCAGAUGCGCCCUGGUUCAGAAACUUACUGACUGAUGAUGAAGCCAGAAUCCUGGAGCAUUCUGGGAAGAUGGUUCUUUUGUUUGAGAUCCUCCAAAUAGUAGCAGACCUGGAUGAAAAAGUGCUUGUAUUCAGUCAGUCUUUGACCACGUUGGACCUAAUUGAGUACUUCCUUAAGGCUUCUCAUGAAGCCAGAAAGCCAACAUCGUCACAUAAAGCCGACUGCUGGAUCAAAAACAUAGAUUAUUACCGCCUAGACGGCUCCACCAGCGCUUCAACAAGGAAGAAAUGGUCUGAUGAGUUCAAUAAUCCCGCCAAUGCCCGUGGAAGAUUAUUUCUGAUCUCAACGAAAGCUGGAUCUCUUGGCAUCAACCUGGUGGCUGCUAACAGGGUGGUCCUCUUUGAUGCAUCGUGGAAUCCCUCGUAUGACAUCCAGAGCAUUUACAGAGUGUAUCGCUUCGGUCAGCUCAAACAAGUGUUUGUGUACCGCUUCUUGGCUCAGGGCACCAUGGAGGAGAAGAUCUAUGACCGGCAGGUGACCAAACAGUCUCUCUCCUUCAGAGUGGUAGAUCAGCAGCAGAUUGAGAGACACUUCACUCUUAAUGAGCUGAACGAACUCUACUCAUUUGAGCCAGACCUGCUCGAUGACCCAAACUCCAAAAAAAGCAAGAGACCCACCCCGAUUCUACCAAAGGACAGCGUCCUGGCACGACUGCUGCAAACUUGUAAAGACCAGAUAGUUUCGUACCACGAACACGAAUCUCUGCUGGACCAUAAAGAAGAGGAGGAGCUCAGCGAGGCAGAGCGCAAAGCUGCGUGGGCCGAGUAUGAAGCUGAGUCAAACUCCACCAGCCUCUCCAGCAGCUCCAACCAGGACUCACUGAGUGGGAAGACCAAUGAGGAGCUGAUGGCACUGCUCAACAGAAGCAGAUCAACUGUAGCAACAGCCUUCCAGCUGCUGCAGAAGAUGAGGUCUGCCUCUAUCGAGGAAUAUAAGCAGCAACUGCAACUGCAGUACCCCCUCUUGCCUGAGGACACGUUGCUGAUUAAAGCUGUGACUUGGAAACAGUUUGAUGAUAAGAAGCGGGACGUCACACAAGCCUUUUAUCGAGACGCUCUUUCUCAGCAACAAUCACUGACGCUCAAAAUCCAGGCCAUACUCAACAGUCGAAGAAACUUUGAGAUGCAAGUGAACCAGCCAGGAGACGUCAGCAGGAACUCUGUGCCUUAAUAAAGAAAGAUUUGUCAUAUUUAGUUUGAUGUUAUUAUAAAUAUUUGAUUUAUAAUCUGCACUAAAAUCACCACUGAAAAGUCUCACAUUCUGAUACUUAACACUAUUUGCUUUGAAUGUUUUGUGGUUAGUUAACAUUUGUGUUUUUCUUUAAGGAGUUAACAUUCCAGUGGAUUUAGUUCUUACAUGCUGUGUGUUUUGGUGGCGAGUUCUUUUCUGCUGACAAAUCAAAAUGAGUAUUUUCUCAUAAAGAUGUGUUUUUUAGUCCAACAGAUACAAAAGGUAGUCAAGAAAGAAAAUGUCUGUUUACAACAUAUUUAUUAUCAAGAAAAACUUGGCAAUUCACGAAAAUGUGAAGUGUUCAUAGUGAUACAGAAUUUAAUAAACAUUACUUUUUGAAGAAAAA